UAUACUGCCUUCAAGAACAUAUUCAUUAAAUAACAAACCUAUUAAACAUGACUACAAACUUGCUAUAAUUACUGUAUGGGCGGUUUUAUCUAGCUUACCUGAGCCACUUUGUUCAUCACCUCAAAUCAAUAGCCCACCUUUUCGGAAUCUUUAGACAACUUUAAAAAACAUUAACGCGGCAAAUUUAUACGCGAAUAUAUUAGACGUGCUGUCAUUAUGUUAUUCUGUCUUUAUAAAAAUCCUCACCUCAGAUAAAGACAAGAAAAUACAGACACGUGUCCACAAUGGGUUAAUCAUUUGACGUCUCUCAGUUGAGAGUCUCUCGCAGGCGCUAAAUCUGAAGAGCACUUCAAAGAGGGAUCCACAUCACCACACACAUACACACUCACAAAUCAAACCACAAACGAACAAACUGAGAUAUUGAGCUUUUGGUAAAAGAUCGACUCAACUUUAGGGCAGCAUAAAACUUUAAUCAGAACAAACUGCCAUAAACAAGAAGACACACAGCGGAUUGCGCGCGAGCGAGGAGUCGCAUCAAUCACGCAAAAUGCUGCGAGGCUUCAGACCUUCGCACUGAUCGGACUCGGCGCGUUUCGUAAGUCAUCGCUGCGGUCCGCCGAUCUAUUGAACAGUCACUCGGACACUACUUUCCAAUAAAAGCCUAUUCCAGAAACAGCCUUUCCUGUCCCGAGCACAUUUGUCAGUAUCACUGACGCCUUCGGGACCUUCUCCAGCUGUGCCGUCACUUUUCAACAUGAUCAACACCUUUUGCCAAGGGUAGUUGAGAGCAAUGGCACCUUCUUGUAAACCCUGUGAACUGGAUAUUUGCUUCUCCCACCUCAAGUAAGAGCCAAAAGACAAUUUUCUGUAGUCAAGAUGCGGAUUCUUUUAGCUGUUUUGCUGCUGUUCUGUUUGCACAAGUGUUGUUGGAAGGUCACAUGCAGAAGAGUCCAUAUUCCAGAGGUGGGGCUCGUGGACUGGGGGGAGACUGAAAACGAGCACCACCCCUCCCCCAAAAGCGUCAGCCCCCGCGUUCUCAACCCCCUGCGCCUUUUCGCCCGGGGAUCCCCUGGGUUCAAGAGCAACAGGAGGGAGAUUACAUAUUUGGAAAACAUCGAGGACUCUUGGGACUGGUUAUCUAACCAGACAGAUGUCAAAGAGGCGCAGACCAGGACUAAACGCAGACCCAUCGUGAAAACGGGCAAGUUUAAAAAAAUGUUCGGCUGGGGUGACUUCAACUCCAACAUCAAAACUGUGAAACUCAAUCUCCUCAUUACAGGCAAGAUAGUGGACCACGGCAACGGCACGUUCAGCGUUUAUUUCCGCCACAACUCCACGGGCCUGGGGAACGUCUCCGUAAGCCUGGUGCCGCCUUCCAAGGUGGUGGAGUUUGAGAUCGCCCAGCAGUCCACCCUGGAGACGAAAGACUCGAAAUCUUUCAACUGUCGUAUCGAGUACCAGAAAACAGACCGCAGCAAAAAGACUUCACACUGCAGCUAUGACCCGUCCAACACGUGUUACCAAGAAUCCACCCAGAGCCAUGUGUCCUGGCUCUGCUCGAAGCCCUUCAAAGUCAUAUGCAUCUACAUUGCCUUUUACAGCACUGACUAUAAACUGGUGCAGAAAAUCUGCCCCGAUUACAACUAUCACAGUGACACGCCGUACGCAUCCACGGGUUAAGAUCCAGUCCAUCCUAAACAGUGAGAACGGUCAACCUCAUUUUCACCAUGUGUUUCAUCUGAUUUAGAAGCAAUUAAAAUAAAUCCAGAUGUUUCGCAUUAGGCUACACUACUGGCAUUGCUUUGGCCUAUUGUGAUACGGCAGUCAUGACGUUUGAUGGCAAAUUAACUGAUCGGCGCUUUUGUUUUUAAUUUUAAACGUCUGACAUCCAUCCCACGGUUCGUGUUCCAUUGGGAAUUUUUUUGCAGAAAACAGACCAUCUUCCGCUACUUGUCAAGCUAAUAAAUCACAGAGCUACAGAGGAUAGAUUAUACAUGAAACACCUUUUUAUUGUGAGGUUUAUGUGUGUGUGUGUGUGUUAGUGUGUGCGUGUUUUAUUGAGCAAUGUGGCCUUUUGUUCAGCACUAAAUAGUUUGAAGCAUUUAUGCAGUUGUCAAGAUAAGUGCGAACGGGUUAAAUCAUUCAGCAAAGACAUCACUUACAAAUUACUCUUAGUUAUUUCGCAUUUCACAAAGGAUCUAUGUGUGAAUUUAGAUUUGUGUAUAAUUUCAAAGAGUAAUUUGCCAUGUCUCACGAGAGCACAAUUCAUUGGACAGGUGGAUUUAGUGAAUCUGGCAGCCGGUUAACAACCCUUUGUCAUGGUCUCGCCACAGAGAUCCACAUUUGCAGGCUCUAAUUAACAUUAAUUAUAGCGGGAAAUUUCACUUACAAACCAUGACAGAGGGGCCCCGAGCCAAAAACUGAAAUUUAGCAUGUCAGUCAUGUAGCAAACCUCUAUUCAAGCCAGUGACUUUGGACUGGAAUCAAACUCUUUCGUGUCAAAGUGAAGAAGUGUCAGGAGUAAAUACAGACAUUUAUGCAAACGCACGAGGGCAAUUUAAUACAGUUUGCGAGUCUACCUUGUAUUGAGUCUUUCAUCAUUUAAAACAGUAUAUGGAGAUUAUUUGAAGGAAUCAUUUUUGUUUGCACAUUAUAGUCUAAAUGUCAGUGUGUCACAAUGAACCAGUUGAAAUGCCAUAGUCUGAUAAUCAGAACUGGAAUUCUCAGGUUCCAUGUGUGUGUGUGCCAAACAGAUUAUGGCCGUUUAUUUAAUUUUUCCCAUAUCAAGGGCGACUGAUCUAGAUCGCACUUCUGCUCGAAUUGAAGAAUCAGAUGGAUAAUUAAUUGUACUGAUACUCUAAUUGUCUUGCAACAUGAACAUUGACAUCAAGAACAUGUCGAUACAAAGAUAGCUGUUUAUAAUUGUAUUUAGUUUAUAAUCCUGCGUGCAUUUUUGUGAAUAGUGUAUAAAUGUGACUAUAAAACCGUGUGUAUUUUGCCUUUAAAGGAUGAAUUUGUUUCUGUAAUCUAUCAAUCCAGCAUUGAAUUUUACCAUCAAUUUUCCUACUUUUGGUGUUUGACAGUUAUAUCAAGUAGAUGCAGAGUAGAGCCAUCUAGCUUGUCAGUUUUAUUUUUUAGCGAAUUGUACGCUUUAUGUUUGGCUUCAAUAUCUGUAAAAAUCCAAAAACAUAAAUAGAUAAAAAAUAAAAUAUAUGUGAGCUUCCAACUUUUUUAAACCCUCUAUGGUAUGCAUUCGCACAGAUUUGCUAUGAAACCAUUUUUGCUCAGAAAUUAUUAGUAAAUUUCACAAAGACAUUGCAAGUAACACAUAGAAAUUUUUUUUUUUUUUAAGUAAAAAAUCUUUAGCAUGGAUCAUUUUUUCUUUGAUUAUAAAACUCGUGUUUAUUUUAUAAAUCGUUGCACACCUUUAUUAAUUAUACUUAAAUACUUCCCUAAAAACAAGUUUGUUCUCCUUCAAUAAAGCAAUUUAUA